AUGGUAAAGCCCCUAUAUGAUCCAAGAAUUCAUUACAUUCAGAAUGAAAAUGACAAGUUUUCAGAUAUAUCUUUAGAGAGACAAAGACUAAGCAAUUAAUAUCAAAAUGAAGGGAGCAGCAGAUCAAAACUGAACUUUUAUUUGUCUAAACGAAAUUCUAACCAUGAAGAUUUUAGAGUUAAAACUGGGCAGACAAAGCUUAAUCGCAAUUCGAACUUCGACUAUGAUCUUGAAACAAAUGAUUAUCUGAUGCUUAAGGUUAACAAUUAAUUGCAAAGAGCAAAUAAGAUACUUAACAUUAAUCAGGAGAGCUAGAGUUAUCCUCAAGAUCUCAAUUAUUAUUAGGAAAACUUUUAUUCAAGAAAUAACCCAGGAUAGAAAUUGAAGCCAUUUACUUAAUACUAAACUCCAAAUGUUUUACUAAGUUAAUAUACUUCAUAGGCAUAGAUGCUUGAAUAUCCAUCUCAAAAAAUCUAAUAUGUAAAAGAAAUAGAUAUGAAAAAUGAUUAACUCAAAUUGGAAUCUUAUAACACUAAUUAAACUCAAAAGAGUUUUGUAAACUUGUAUAACUAAAAGUAAGGAGGAAGUCUACUAUUCUAAAGACCAAAUCAAAAACGUUCAAAAAGUUUGGUCAAAGGAAAUCAGAAACAAGCUAAAUUAGUAUUAGAACUAAAAUCUGGAAUGGGUGCCUAAACAAGACUAGCCAAAAACAUAGAACAAUAAUCAUAGCAUUUAGAUAUUAAAUUCUCAUCCGAUUUUCCAAAAAAUAAAUCUUAUGAGUAUUCAAGUGAUUUAAAACAACACAAAUAGGAUAAACCUCAUUAAAAAUCAAGUAAUUUACUAGGAGGGGUAAUAGAAGGCUAAAUAUCGCUUAUAAAGUAGAACAUUGGUAAGAUUUUAAAUCUAGGCACAGAAAAUACACUAGGAGAGGAAGUAAUAUUCGAUAAGAAAUUUUAAAAACGACAAGAAAGUGCUUUUGUUAUUUCUGAGAUUGCCAUUAUAUGCGAGAUUACUGUUGAAUAAUUCUUAAAUAUCAAGGGAUUAAUUUAUGAACUUGGCAAUAAAAAAGAUUAUUUGUACUUAGAAACCCUCCUUAAAAGAAAUUAUAUGAAUAAAAAAAACCUAAGAAUUUGA